UUAUUCUACUGAAUUUUCUUUUUGAAAAGGUGGCCAAGCACUAUGAAAACAUUCAAUCUCACAUGUGUCUCAGAAUUCCAUCUCAUGGGCUUCUCAGAGGAUCGAGACCUGCAGCCCGUCCUCUUUGGGCUGUUCCUGUCCAUGUACCUGGUCACAGUGCUCGGGAACCUGCUCAUCAUCCUGGCCGUCAGCUCUGACUCCCACCUCCACACCCCCAUGUACUUCUUCCUCUCCAACCUGGCCGUUGUUGACAUCUGUUUCACCUCUACCAUGAUCCCAAAGAUGAUUGUGAACAUCUCAACUCAGAGCAGAGUCAUCUCCUAUGAGGGCUGCCUGACACAGAUGUCUCUUUCAAUCCUUUUUGCAAGUAUGGAUGACGUGCUGCUGACGGUGAUGGCCUAUGACCGCUUUGUGGCCAUCUGCCACCCCCUGCACUAUGCAGCCAUUAUGAACCCUCACCUCUGUGUCUUGUUACUCUUGCUUUCUGUUUUUGUCAGCCUUUUGGACUCCCAGAUGCACAAUUUAGUUGCCUUGCAAUUUACCUGCUUCAGGGAUGUGGAAAUUGCUAAUUUCUUCUGUCAUCCUUCUCAAGUCUUUAACCUUUCAUGUUCUGAUACCUUAUUCAAAACCAUGGUCACAUAUUUUGUUGGAGCCAUAUUUGGCAUUAUUCCCAUGUCAUUGAUCCUUUUCUCUUACUAUAAAAUUGUUUCCUCCAUUCUCAAAAUCCCUUCAUCAGGUGGGAGAUACAAGGCCUUUUCUACCUGUAGUUCUCAUGUGUUAGUUGUCUGCUUAUUUUAUGGAACCAGCAUUGAAGUGUACCUUGGUUCAGCUGUGUCAUAUUCUCCCAGGAGGGGUAUGGUGGACACAUUGAUGUGUACUAUGGUCACCCCGAUGCUGAAUCCCUUCAUCUACAGCCUGAGGAACAGGGACAUCAGCAGCACCUUGAGGAGGCUGCACAGUUGGUGA